CUAAUGUCGGAUACAGAGAAUAGCUCUCUGUUGCCUAGGCCAGUAAAGCUAACGAGUGGACAUUACAGAACUGCAAAACUAUAUGGAAUUGUAUCACUUGGCUUCUUCUUGUUCGCCUACAUCAUUCAAUCUAUCCGAACCACCCUUCCAACAGUCUUGGUCGACAAGGAUGCUAUAGCUACCGAUGGAUUUGCAGGAAUGCACGCUUACGACACAUAUCUAUCCCAAUUUACCGAACCACAUUCGAUGAACUCACAUGAAUUCAAUCGGCUCAACCAUUGGCUUGGAUCUCUUGCCUUGGAGUUUCAGACAGAAGGUCGUGCGCGUGGACUUUCUGUAGAUGUGGUUGUAAAUGAUACAAUGUUCUUGGUCGCAAACAGUUACUUUGUUGCAAAAGAUGAACAUUGGUUUGUUGCUUCUCGCAACAUUCUUGUACGCAUCCAAGGAAAAUCAAACACGGAUGAUGCGAUUUUGAUUAACGCACAUUAUGAUAGUGUACCCACAAGUGCAGGUGUGACAGAUAAUGGAAUAAGUGUUGCAGUUACACUAGAACUGCUCAGAUAUUUCAUGGACCACCCUCCUCAGCAUUCCCUUAUCUUCCUCUUUAAUGCAUUUGAAGAAGGUGGUUUGCUGGGUGCAAAAUCGUUUGUGAAACAUCCCUGGUAUCCCUCUGUCAAAGCAUUUGUCAAUCUCGAAGGCGCUGGUGCAGGUGGUCGGGCCAUCAUUUUUAGAAGCUCUAGUCUUUAUGCUCUCCGCAGCUUGGCCUCGAGUGGGGUACAUUUUGUACAUGCAUCUCCACUAGGCAAUGAUAUGUUUAAAACAAAACUUUUAAAGAGUGACACCGACUAUACCAUCUUUACGCAAAAUGGUAAACCUGGUGUCGAUAUUGCAUUCUACUAUCCUCGGUCCCACUACCAUACCACCCGAGACGAUCUGGCCCACAUCACUCCAGAAGCAGUCCAAUACAUGGGCGAAGUUGCACUCCACACUGUGCGUGGAAUGGAUGCUGCCGAUGGACUGACCCAAAAGAUCAAAAGAACCAAAGAAGAAGACGAAGAAGACAGACAGAUGGUUUACUUUGAUAUCCUUGGCCGAUUUCUGUUUGUCUACACAUUUUCUACUUACCAGAUCCUCAACUUUAUCGGACUGUUGGGCUUCCCGGCCGCAGUCCUUGGCUGGGCAGUCUAUACCAAACGCUCUUCGGCUGCCCAUCUUUCCUUAUACACAAAAACUCUCUCUCAAAGCAUCCUGGCCACUCUAGUUGGUUUGCUUGGUGUCAUGGUGUGUUUUGGUCUGGCUGUGUGUAUUUUGAUGGCCGUAAACCCUCUUGUUACCUAUGGAAAUAUCUACUUUGUGGCUCUUUACAUUCUUGUUGCCUGUGUUCUUGGGCUUGUUCUGUCUCAAGCCCUUCUCACUCGUAUCUCUCCACCUCUCAGAGUUGCUCUGAAUAAUCCCAAUAUCGGAUUACUGGGCCUCACCAGUCUUUGGUGGCUCUUUACUGCUCUAUCAAUCUAUCUUGGAACCCUGCGACUGAGUUUCAUGUUCUUCUUUAUCUUUAUCUUGGCCAGUUCGGCAGUUUCGUUUGGAUUGUAUCACUUUUUACCCCGCAGAAAUUCUUGGCGCUUGCCCAGUGUUCUUUUGUCUCAGAUACUUGUACCCAGUAUUAUCCUGGUUGAAAGUUGGUACCUCACCAUGGACUCUAUGCGACAUGCCACUGUAGAUGGAACUCCAGAAGUAGCAGUCUAUGUAUUGGUUGGUCUACCUAUUAUUUUACUAGUAAUGCACUUCUUGCCAUGGAUCCAUGUUGCCGAAAACAAAAAUUCUUCUGCCAUUGUUCUUGGAGUCUUUUUUGUCUUUCUUUUUACGAUCUGCUCUGCUCUUCAGCCAUUCAAUGCCGGAUGGUCACCAAACAAGCUGGUCUUCAAUCAGUUCUACAACACUACCCAAGCCACCUCUUCUGUUCAGAUCGUCUCUGCCGCGGGUCUCCAAAACACUCUCACACGCACCCUUGAUCCGAACGAACUUAUCAGCCUAGAAUGCAAACCCCAUCUGACCUAUCAAACCAAAUGCACCUAUACCACUACAAACGAUUCUGCUGCUACUGCUGCUGCAGUCGGCACAAGCUCCAAACAUCUGCCUGAGUUUGGAAGUGACCCUGCAGAAUUUGAUUGGACUGCAGAGACGGUGUGUACAGACGAGAGCUGUACAAUUGAGGGCGUAUUUACAGCAAAGAACAGUAUGCACUGCCGAAUCAUGUUUGAGGACCAUAAAAACCAGCCCACCAAUAUCACACAAGCAUGGGUGAAUAAUCAUUAUGUCAAGGACACCGAAAUCCGCACAUUGGUUUCUUACACGGGUGUCUUUGGGGCUCCUGUUGCGUGGGGUGCAACAUACCCUGCUAACCAAACAUCCUUGCCUGUUACCCUGGGCUGCUUUUACGACGAGUGGACCGAGGGACAGAUUCCGGCAUUUAGUAGUCUUCGUGAUCGCUUACCUCAGUCGGCAGUGUUGUUGAUCCGUGGCCAAGGGUUAGUCUUGGUGGAAUUCGCUAGACUUUAAUAUGAUUAAUAAACCAAGUACCCUGUAAAAAUGAAAAUGAAAAUAAAGCGAUUAAUUGAUCAAUC